AUGUCCAUGAUCACAGCGGCCCAAUGGGUCCCCCGCGGCUUCGCGGCGCCCUUUCCCAAGAAGUACACGCUCGACGAGGAGGAGUACGGCCGGAUAGCGGAGCUGGCCAAGCUGCAACUCGACGACGCCGAGGAGGACCUCAAGGAGGCGCAGGAGGACGGCGCCGACGAUGCGAGCGAGGAUAUCGCCGACGAGAAGAUGCAGGUCGAGGACGAGAAGCCGAGUAAAGAGAAGAGCGCCGCCGCCGAGGAGGAGGACGACGACCUGAAGGAGUACGAUCUGGAGCACUACGACGACGACGAAGAUCCUGCGCAAAGCAGCGCCCAAGGGAUGAGCAUGUUUGGCAACAUCAAGUCGCUGGCCUACUACGAGUCGAACAAGGAGGACCCGUACAUCACGCUGCAGGGCGAGGACGACGUCGACGACGAGGACCGCGAGGACCUGCAAAUAUUGGCCACCGACAACCUCAUCCUGUCGGCCAAGGUGGAGGACGAGAUGGCGCACCUCGAGGUGUACGUGUACGAGGACGACGGCGACAACCUGUACGUGCACCACGACAUCAUGCUGCCAGCGAUCCCGCUCAGCCUCGAGUGGCUCGACCUGCCCGUGAGCAACGCCGGCACCGACAAGGACGCCCGCGGCAACUACGUCGCCGUCGGCACCAUGGACCCGGACAUUGAGAUCUGGGACCUCGACACCAUCGACAGCAUGUACCCCAACGCCAUCCUCGGGCAGGGCGCCAACCCGGACGCAGGCGCGGCCGGCGAGCAGAAGAAGAAGAAAAAGAAGAAGGGCAAGCGGGCCAACGACGAGUACCACGUCGACGCCGUGCUGUCGCUGGCCGCCAACCGCCAGCACCGCAACCUGCUGGCGUCGGCGUCGGCGGACAAGACGGUCAAGCUCUGGGACCUCAAUACGGCCAAAUGCGCCAAGUCGUACUCGUACCACACCGACAAGGUGUGCUCCCUGGCCUGGAACGCCAAGGAGGCCACGGUCCUCCUGAGCGGCAGCUACGACCGUACGAUUGUCGCGGCCGACAUGCGCGCGCCGGACGCAAAGGCGCCGCGAUGGGGCGUGGAGAGCGACGUCGAGAACGUGCGGUGGGAUCCGCACGACCCCAACUUCUUCUUCGUGUCGACGGAAGGCGGCGCGGUUCACUAUCACGACAUCCGAAAUGCCCCUUCCAAGCCCGAGGCGACCAAGUCCGUCUGGACCCUGCAAGCGCACGACGAGUCCGUCUCCUCCUUUGAUGUCAACGGCGUCAUCCCCGGCUUCAUGGCCACGGGCUCUACCGACCGAACGGUCAAGCUGUGGAACAUUUCUCCGACGGGCCCGUCCAUGGUUGUGUCGCGCAACCUCGACGUGGGUAAGGUGUUCGCGACGACGUUUGCGCCCGACCCCGAGGUGGCGUUCCGGCUCGCCGUCGCGGGCAGCUCAGGGAGCAUGCACGUCUGGGACACGAGCACGAACUCGUCGGUCCGCAAGGCGUUUGCGCAGAGGGUGCCGGAGCCCAAGGACGGGGCUGAGGACCGGCUGAUUGGCGUCGACGACGACGACAGCAGCUCGAGCGACGAGGAGGAGGACGGCGGCGUGGAGGCGGCCGCGGGGCAGGACGAGGAUGACUCCAUGGAUGAGGACUAG